AUGCUCUUUGCCCUAGCGGCGAGCAACCAAACCUACCUCUCAGCCACCGCCCUCGUAACCAACAGCGACAAUGCUUCCACGCUAGAGUGUUGGCAGCUGGAUAUUCCAUUCACGGUCCCCUCGACCCCUGGCAUCAGCGGCUCGUCGUUGGCUAAGCUUGGCAAUUUCACAAACGGAGCGUACACAGUGCUACCACCCCGGUUCAAUGGAGGAAUACACAACGCACCAGUACCGCAACUUGUUCACUUCAUAUCAGGUCUUGCUCACGUGACUUUACCUCAUGACCCUAAGCUCGAGUCCUGGAUUGUAGGAGGGGCAGGAGGUCUACUCCUAGCUUUCGACGUCACGGGAUCUGGACACUCGACGACGUAUCCGAGUGAUGAGACGACGGUUGCGAUUACGCUACCGUUCGAGGGGGGGAGGAUCCCGGAGCAUUCUGUGCUUGCAAAGAAGCCGUGUGAGGGUAAGCAGAGUUUUGUGUAA